AAAACUACAACUAAAUUGUCCGGUCGGACUAAAAGAAGGCACGAUAGGUGUCUUUUUCCGUCUGCCAGCAGGCAGCCAAAAUGUUGGCUAUCCUGUCUGUGCUGUUUGUUAUCUCUUUUAGUCCUGUCUUCUGCGUUUUUCAGAAACUUUACUGCACGAUAUCAGACAGCUGCGAAUGCGACUUUAAGCCAAAUAUCAGAGAUUUGGAGUGGGACCUCUAUAAGAACGUCUUUGGUCAGCAUCUGGCUCAGGACAUCGUGUCCGAGGAGGUGGCAAAGUUCCUCCUUAACAAAAGCCCCGAUCAGCCCCUGGUGCUGUCUUUCCAUGGCUCCUCGGGGACAGGAAAGACACUGGUCAGCUCCAUGCUGGGGAACCACCUUUACGGCUCAGCCAUGAGCAGCCCCUACGUCCACCAGUUUGUGCCCACGCUCCACUUCCCUCUGCCCAAGCAGGUCCAGAACUACAGGAAUGAGCUGAAGAGCUGGGUGCAGGGAAACCUGACGGAGUGCGCUCGCUCUGUCUUCAUCUUUGACGAGAUGGAGAAGAUGCCUCCAGGCCUGAUUGACGUGCUUGAGCCAUUCCUGGGACCCUCCCAUGUUGUGUUUCGUACCAACUACCGCAAGGCCCUCUAUAUCUUCAUCAGCACCACGGGGGAAGAGGUGAUAAACCAGGUGGCUCUGGAGAACCGGCAGGCCGGACGGGAAAGAGAGGAGAUUAAGUUGGCCGACCUGGAGGAAGCCAUCGAGCAAGCAAUUUACGACAACAGCACAAGCGGCUUCUUCCAGUCGGCCAUCGUCCAGCAGAAGCUGGUCACUCGCUUCGUUCCCUUCCUGCCGCUGAGCCGGGUGCACGUGGAGCGCUGUGCGCGCUCGCAGCUCUGCCAGCGGGGCAGCUGCAGCCGGACCGACGUGGCGGCGGCGGUGGGCGCGGACAUGACCUACAGCCCCGUCCAGGGCCGCUUCUUCUCCACUACCGGCUGCAAAGCCGUCUCUGCCAAGAUCUCCUUUUUCCUCUGAGCCCAGCCCACAGCCGCGCAGCCUCGGCUUCUUUUUAUGAUUUAAGAGGACUUUUUAUGUCUUUAUGUGACAAACGGUGGAAGAAGCUCAGAUGAUGGGGAGAUGGUGUGCAGCCCCCCGUCUGAGGGGAGGCCCCACAGGAGUUCAUUAUGGCGCCUGCGUCUGCAGUCCAGGAGAUCUGAACCCAAACUGCUCUGGAUCAGCUGCUCUCUGGGUUUAUUUGGUGGAUGGAUCAGGACUCGUGUUGCUCGCUGCAUCGGACGCAGCUUUGAUUUUAAUUCAAGGCGGUCAGAUCAGUCUGGCCACCGGCCACUCCACACAGCUGUUUGCUUGUUUUACGGCCCGUUAUUUAUCGGGUCUUAUUUAUUUUUGCUUUACAAACCGAGGACAUUGGCCUCCAGGGCAUAUUGCCCUUAGAGCAGCCAGACAUGUGGUGCCUUUGCUCGUUAGUCAACAAGAGGUAACGUGUUGCUAAAAGUGAUCUGACUUUCAGUUAUUUCCUUUUAAUAUGUGAGUGUUUUAAAUGGAGGAAGUAUUUAUUUGCCAAAUGAGCCUUUGUGCAAUUGCAGCAUUUGCUGAUCGGCUUUUGAAAUCAUAGAUGAAAAUGUAUCUCUCUCUGAAGAGCAUUGGAUUGGAUCGUGAACAUAAUUAUUGAACCAAUUUCUGAUCUAAUUAACUGCUCGAAAGAAUAUAACUUGUCAUAUAAAUAAUUGGUUUAUAUAUUUGUAUUAGUGGUUUAUAUCAGCCUUAAGCCACCAAUCGAAGUCAUUUAUGUAGAGAAAUGAGAAGCAGUAGACGAAUUUAACUUGAAAACAUUCAGCUUUUUGCUGCCCGUUCAGCUUUGUGGGAUAUUUGUGGUGCACGUCUCCAAUUCUGCCCUGCGAUGGACUGGUAGGACCGUCCAGGGUGUACCCCGCC